GGCUCCCUCUGUCCCUGCCCCCUCCCGCCGGGGGCCGUGUCCGGCAGCGGGGCCGAGCCCGGGGGUGCGCCGGCGCCAGGCUUCAGCCAGGGGGGUCCCGCGGGCAGCUCCACCAUGUCGGACAGUGACCCGGGGGAUGAGGACGGAGCCACAUCCCCUGACCCCUCGCAGUGCAAGAGGAAGAGAAGGGGCAACCUCCCCAAGGAGUCGGUGAAGAUCCUGCGGGACUGGCUGUACGAGCACCGCUUCAACGCCUAUCCCUCGGAGCAGGAGAAGCUCAGCCUCUCAGGGCAGACCAGCCUCUCCGUGCUGCAGAUCUGUAACUGGUUCAUCAACGCCCGGCGGCGGCUGCUCCCCGACAUGCUGCGCAAGGACGGCAAGGACCCCAACCAGUUCACCAUCUCCCGCCGCGGGGGCAAGGCCGGCGACGCGGCCGUGCCGCGGGGUGCUGCCGCCGGCCCCGGGGUGCUCGUGGUGCCGCCCGCGGGCACCUCCAAGGUGCUGUCGAUGUCGGUGUGCCCGCAGGUACUGUGCCACCCGGCGCGGGCGCUGGCCGUGGUGAGCGCCCACAGCCCCGAGUGGGAGAAGCCCCCCGGGCCCGAGGCCGUGCCCAGGGCGGGGCCCGGCGGCAGCACCCUGACCCUGCUGGCGCGGGCCGAGGCGGGCAGCCCCACUCCCGGACUCUUCAACACGCCGCCCCCGACGCCCCCCGAGCUCUUCGGGGACGACUUCAGCAGCUUCCAGCUGUUGGUGGAGGUGGCUCUGCAGAAGGCGGCCGAGCUGGAGCGGCAGCGGCAGGGGGGGCAGCUGCCCCUGGCUCCCCACGCCGAGCCCCCCGGAGCCUCCAAAUAACCCCGGGCCGGGUCCCGCAGGGUGCCCUUCCCCGGGGGGCCCGACCCUCCCGGCCUCUGCCUCACCCCCACAGCCCAUCCCAGGAGCGGCUCCUGCCCCCGGGGGCUCUGGUGUCUCUCGGCAGCCAAGGCG